AUGAAAUUAUUUCCAAGCAACGCCAAUUCCCUACUACAGGUCAAGACGCGCUACCAAUUAUUGGCUACAAUAAUAGUUAAUAUCAUCACAUUCGGCCAUGGAGUGGGCGUGGGUUGGCUUUCGCCCACGUUGGCCAAAAUACAAACACCAGACCAAACACCACUAGCUUUUCAAGUGGGCAUCGAUGAAAUAUCCUGGCUCGGCUCCAUGCUGGGUCUGGGCAGCUUGUGCGGCAAUUUAACGAUUGCUCUGCUGCUGGAACGUAUGGGCAGAAAAUUUUGCCUCUACCUCAUGGCUGGUCCUUAUGCGUGCUUGUGGAUUUUGAUUUAUUUUGCUUCGAAUGUUGGUUAUUUAUAUGCUGCGCGUUUUCUCUGUGGCUUCACCGGUGGUGCGGGAUACGUGGUGGUGCCUAUUUUCAUAAGCGAAAUAGCGGACAGCAAAAUACGCGGCUCGCUUACAUCAAUGUUGAUGCUAUCGGUUAACUUUGGCAUACUUGUGGGCUACGUGAUGAGCACCUAUCUGGCCUAUCAUCUGAUCCCAUUUCUGGCGAUAUUGUUGCCCAUAGCAUACUUUUUGGCUAACUUGUUGCUGCCCGAAACGGCGCCAUAUUUGCUGAAGCGAAACAACGUAACGUCCGCAGAUAAAUCCUACCAAUAUUAUAGCAAUGUGCAGCCAGCACAGACAUAUAGCUAUAAAGCUGAUUUUGAGGAACUAUGCAUAGCAAUAGCUAAGCAGCAAGUGCUGAACAACACGGCCCUGACUUGGCGAGAUCUCGUUACGAAGCCAGCUUUGAAGGCCUUCGCCGCUGCCACUGUGCUCUGCCUGGGCUAUCAAUUCAGCGGCACCUUCAGCUUCAUCAACUAUAUGUCGACCAUAUUCGCUGCCUCCGGCUCUGUUUGGGAUGUCAACACCUGCACGAUUAUUAUUGGCGUCGUACAGAUUGUUGGCGUCUAUACCUCAACCAUCCUUGUGGAUAUUAUAGGACGUCGCAUACUCAUGCUCAUCUCGACCCUGGGUCUGGGCCUGGGCUGUAUUGCCUUUGGGUGCUUCACAUAUUUUGCGCAGCGCCAGGAUCUGACGGCUUUCAAUUGGCUGCCCCUGGUGUUGAUGGUGCUAAUUAUUUAUUUGGGCAACAUCGGACUCAUUGGACUGUUCUUUGUGGUGCUGGUGGAACUCUUUCCAGUCAAGAUACGUUCCUUGGCCACCUCCAUAUCGGUGGUGUUUCUUAGUGUCCUUGUUUUCUGCACGCUGAAGCUUUUUCCACUAUUGAUGCACUACGCUGGCAUUUCGAUAACCAUGUGGUUCUCAGCCGCCGCUAGUCUUGUAACAUUUGUAUACUUCCUGUUCUACCUGCCCGAAACCAAAGGCAAAUCUAUGGUUCAGGAUUAG